AUGAAAUCUGAAAGUGAGGAUGAAGACUAUCUGAAAAACAAAAAGACAAAGCUCGCAAAAGGAAGAAAGAGACAUAAAGUUAGGUCAAAGAAAUAUAUCAGCACCAGUGAAGAUAAUGAGGAUGAUAUUCCCAUUUCUCAGUUGUGUAAUGAUGAUGAAGACGAUGAUGUGGAGAAUCGUGACACUUGCGCCGUAUGUCACGAAUUUGGUCGUGGUAGAGAAAUUUAG